UAAACUAGACUGUUUCCAGCUCUGCAAAUGCCUGCUUUAGCAUGCUCAAAUCUCUCCACACGUUUCUAUCUAUCCCUCUCUUUCUCUCUCUCAAUCGUCCUCCCUUAAAUAAUAGACUUCUCCCUUUCUUCAUUUCUUUGAGCUCGGAACAAACUCAAUCUUCAGCCUUCGCAUGUAAACCUCUCUCUCUCUCUCUCUCGCUGGGUCAGAUCAUUUUCAAAAACCCAACAUUCCCUUCUCUCCGUCGCUGUCUCAUCUCACUCUCCUCAUUCUCCUCCUAUUUCUUCUCGUUUGUGUCUCGUCCAACGUGAGUUUCUUGAAGUUCCCACAAAAAGAAAAAUGUCGAUCGAGCUCUUAUCCGAGAACCCAAGCACGAGCCCGAGAAUCUCCUUCUCGCACGACCUACGCCUCUCGGAAGCCGUCGUCCCUCUAGACCAGCAACGCCAUCAUUUUCGCUCAGACUCGGCAGGAGUUCCCAGCCAUCUGAGCAGCCCGAGCUUCGACUUCAACUUCUCCAACAAUCUAAAAAUCUUCGGCCACGAGCCUUCCUCCGCUGACGAGCUCUUCUCCGAUGGCAAGAUCGUCCCCACCACCCAAAUCAAGAAACAUGCUUCCCGGAACCAGCCUCUCAAACAAGAGGGUCAUUCUGAGGACUCCGAGAAGCAGGGCUUGAAGAGCGAAGAGAAGCAACAGAGCGGCAAUAAUUCCAAGUCGUUUUGGAAGUUCAAGCGUAGCAGGAGCUUGAACUUGAGUUCUUGCGGAAGUGGGUAUGGAAGGAGUUUGUGUCCUUUGCCUCUCUUGUCACGAAGCAACUCGACCGGAUCACCACUAAACAGCAACAACAGCAAAGAGAGCCACCACAACCAUCUUCAUUUUCAAAAGCCGUCUUGUUCUCCUAACAAGCAAGGCUUUCCACUCAAGCCAUUUCAAGCUUCCUCAUCGUUGCCAUCAUCGUCGGGUUAUCAGAAACCUCCGCUGAGGAAGAGCAAUAAUGGCUUUCAUGGGAACUUCAACCACAGCAAUGGCAGUUUUCGGGUCAAUCCUGUUUUGCAUGUGCCUUCAGGGAAUCUGUUCGGUUUGGGUUCCAUGUUCCUCAGUGGCAAGGACAAGAGCAAGAUCAGGAAGUGAUUAGGUUUUGCGGUGCAAUUCUUUUUGCAUCAUUCGUCGAACAAGUGUAUCUAAUAUUCUUUAAGUUAUAUUUUUUUCGCGUCGUUUAGGAGUUUCAGCCAAUAUGUUUGCGCUGUAUGCAUUGGAUGGACUGGAAGCUUGGCCCCCAUUUGUUGUGUUUUGGACUUCUGACUAUGUCACUUUCCCAUCUUCGUUUUUGUUUUUCUUGGACUGAGCUGUUCGUAAAUUGUAAUGUGUGCUCAAAGUAGUGAGGAAUGGAUGAGUUCAAUCUUCAUGGACA